AGCUUAUGUAAGGGUCCCGCGUCCCGAGAGUCUGUGCUGCUCCAUAUGUGAAAGAGGACGGCCUAGUCGGACCUGUUGCCGUUUGAUUGCACAUCAUUCGUUGUACACCCCAGCCUGUCCACAUGGAUACAAUAGGAAGCGGAUGGGCUCAAUCAAAGACUGAGAAGCUUGUGGCAAUAACUCUAGCGAGCAUUGAUACCGUGCCAGUCGCUGAAUUCGUCUUUCUUCGUGUUUUCAGUAUCGAAGCACAACAUCGAAAACAAGACGCGCCCACCAACGCCUAUCAGUCAGCAGCGCAACAUGGCUGGUGAGGAUACCCGGAGCACAGCACAAACAACUUCAGCCAUACCAGCCAUACCAGCCAUACCAGCCACACCAGCCACACCAAAUCAGUUCCCAUCACAACUACCUGUUGAUCUGGAUUUGGAGGCGUUUUGGGAGGCAAGACACGAGACUGCGAAGCCAUCGAUCGAAUCGCUCAGAAGGAGGCUGUCUCACUUUCCGAGUCCGCCGUUACGAAUUCAGAGGGUCGGGCAGCUAGAUGCUGACCUUUUGGACCGCGAGCUGCUUGAAAUUCUGCUGGCUCCAAUGAAAGAUGCCGUAAAUUUGAUCCAACCAACAUUGACUUCGCGCAUCUUGCCAGAGAUGCUACUCGUCAUGCGAUUGGCGCUGUUUAAGCUUUCUAUCAUUGAUCACCAAGCUUCGUACGGAUCCAUGCUGCAAAAUCUCAAGUACAGGAACGAGUGGGCGCAUCGUGGAGGAUUGCAGUCUACAUCUCGAGAUCGAAAGCUUUCGAUUCAGCAGCUUGUGCUAUACCCUUUGAUUACGGCCAUCGUUCCGUAUGCGUAUGCAAGGUCAGAAUUAAACAUGGCGCAGCACCCGUACUCUGAACUUCCUACCAGCACGACGCGCCACACCUUGUGGAACCUCAUGGAUCGCUUCCGACGGUGGUACACUCUUGCUGCCUUUAUCAAUUUCGGUCUUUUCCUAGGCAACGGAAAAUAUCGAACUCUUGCGGACCGCAUUCUGGGCAUCCGCCUCAUAUAUGCAAAACGCACCGUGCAUCGGAAUGUCUCUUUUGAAUACCUUAACCGGCAACUUGUAUGGCACGCACUUACCGAAUUUCUGGUCUUCCUUUUGCCAUUAUUGAAGCCACGCCGGAUACUCAAGUAUCUCACAAGAUUACCUAUCUGCAGUACAGCACUUGGCAGAGCAUCAAAGAUCCUGCCAAGGGUCCUGAGAGAUCGGACUGGUCUGUCUACCCCGCUCAAGGGCUCUGGUAAUUCAGACGGGGAGGCUGCUUUAAGCAAAGUCAUCCCCGAAAUUGCUGCACUUCCUAUCAGUACUUGUGCAUUGUGCUGGCAGCGAUAUCAGGCAUCGCAAGGUGGAUCUUCUGGUGUUCUCAGAGUUGGUCUUCCCACCAGCGACCCUCUGGACCCAGCCUCAGGUGCCCUCGCUUCUAGAGGUAACACACUAGGCAAACCGAACACAGCAUCGGACGACCUCAUCAUCACCAUUCCAUAUGCUGCAGACCCUUGCGGGUGUCUCUAUUGCUAUCACUGUCUUGCAUCUAUUCUGCUCUCGGAGGAGGCUGCCGACGACAUUUCGGACGAAGGUGGUUGGAGAUGUUUGCGAUGCAGCGCUAUAGUCCGGGGUCUCAAACGAGCUUGAAUGAGAUGAGAAAUUGGGAAGAGGUUGCGGCAGUCGCGAUCUGUACUGUCCAGAGCGGAUGUAGCGUGGUGUUUGUAUCUACGUGAGAAGUCCGCAAACGUAGAAGGU